ACAGAUUUAAAUAUUACGUUACAUUUUGUAACGGAGCUAUUUGAGCUGUGGUUUUUUAUGGAUAUAGAUCUCUUCAACUGGUUUUAUUGCGCGGUAAUUUUUGGCUGUAGAAUUAAAAAAUACGAAAUUAAAGCACUGUUUUGCUUUUCCAUUUCUAUCGACUAUGUAGUCAACAUAGGUACACUAGUACACACAUGUAUGAAUUAGUUAUGCGGUGUGAUCCACACAAUAAAUCGGUACUAAUUUAAGUUGAUUAAAUAAGCUAGUUGCAGCAAUUAAUUUAGCUUUUAUGUCUUAAAAUAUCAUAUCUUGAUUUCGGUUUAAAAGUACUUGUCAUCACUAGCGUUUUAGGUUGUUAUGGACAUUAAAUUGUGUCUUGUUAGGCCGGUCACUGAUGUGUUGGGUUUUAAGCUAAUGACGCAACCUGUACCUCGAGACACGAGAUUUUUUAUUGUCAGAUUCGUCAGUGCUCUAGGUUAUCGAAAAAACGUGUUCCAAAUAUUUUAACUUUGUCAGUCAUGGUUUUUUCUCACCCUAUCAACUGCAUUUCUGCACUAUGAGUGUAUCCCCAGAUUAUUGUGUAGUGACGGGUGUCGCACCUGGAAACCUUUUUACGUAUUUGUCGUAUAGUAAAGUAGACGACUAUUUCAUCUAGGGUCGUUUUCUUCUAAUCACAGACCGCUUUAUAAUUUAAACAACCGAUUUCUAGCCAGAAAAGAUGCCCUGUAAAAACUUUUUUUGUUGUAAAUUUACACUAGCGCACAUGUGCAUGAAGAUCAAUACAUAUACAUAUGAAUGUAUUGACAGAUCUACAGAAAAUUUGUUAUUAAGUAGAUAGGAAACCGGCUGGUUAGCUAAGAAUUUAGUGGUACAAAGUUCAAUAAAUCCGGCCAUUUUUCAACUGAUUUGUUUAAUGUUGGGAUUUACCUGGUCACUAACCAUAAGCUUUACAGACGACUAGUAACUUGUUUCUAAGUAAAUUCGAGGAAUUCUUUAGUUUGUGUAUUACUUUAAUUCUACAUUCGCUAAAUCCCCACCGCUAUACAAUUUCAGGCGAAAUUUAAAGUUUAUGGAAGUUUUUGGGUCGCAUCACUGUAGACGAAAUGUAUUCAGUCGCAGACAUUGACUUAAUUGAAGAUCGUUAUUAUAGAGAUUUACCAAGCUCUAAACAUAAUCUGUCUUUUGCUGGCUGCGGCUUUCUCGGAUUGUAUCAUAUAGGCGUUUGUUGCUGUAUUAAACGUUUCGCACCCCAUCUAUAUCAAAACAAACCAGUAUCUGGAACUAGUGCUGGUGCAUUAGCCGCGGCUUGUUUAGUGUGUGAUUUGGAUAUGGAUGUAUGCGUCCGGCAUAUUUGCAAACUUAUUGAAAAUACGAGACGAUUUACACUUGGUCCAUUUGAUCCACGAUAUAAAAUAAGCGAAUAUUUAAAAGAUGGCUUAUCUCAGUUAUUGCCACCAGAUGCUCAUGUUUUAUGCUCUGAUCGUCUUUCGAUAUCGUUAACAUGCUUCACCACGCGAAAAAACAUAAUUGUCCGAAAGUAUAAAAAUAGGGAUGAGGUAAUCCAAGCUCUGCUGUGUUCUGCGUAUAUUCCUAUUUUUAGCGGGUUUGUUCCAUUAACGUUUAGAGGUCAGCUUGUGGUCGAUGGCGGUUUAUCAAACAAUUUACUUAGCAUAAACCAACAAACUAUUAAAGUUAGUCCAUUCGCUGGUGAUUCGGAUAUAUGUCCAUUGGAAUCUAAAUGGGGCCCACAGUAUCAUAGAGCUCAGCCACAAAAGUACGAAGAUGUGUUAGGCUCAAUCUCAUUACUGAAUCUUUCAAUGAGCUUCAACUUAACAAAUAUUAAACGUUUAGUGGGAAUGGUGUGGCCAAUGUCUCCUGAUCAGUUGGUUAACUUAGCCAACCAAGGUUAUGAUGAUGCAUUACGGUUUUUAAUUACACGUGAUGCCAUUCAUAACUUAUGUAUAGCCUAUUACCUUUUCGACAAAAAAGAAAACAUCCUGAAUGCAUAUUAUUAUCUUGAUUUAACAGUUAAUAAAGUUUCAUAGUCUUACAGAAGCCCAGUCAAUUUUUUUAUCCGAAUUAAUUGGAAUUACUAAAGCAAAUGAGCUCAACUACAUCUAUUUUAAAUUGUAACAUUUUUUAUCAGGUUUUAUUGCUUGUCGUAUACAUCAAACUCCGAGAGAAUUUUCAAAUAUUUCUCGAGUGAAAUCAAGAAACUCUCCACGGAUUCGUCGGUUACAUAGUUGUGAUUCACUUGUAUCCAGUAAAAUACAUAGUGAUUCAGAUCGUAAUCGAAAUCGCUCCUCUGAAACAAGUUCAGUUGUUCAAAAGAUCAAAUCCUCUAAAUGUAUCGGUUCUGCACCAAAAAAAUUAAUUCAUGGUUCUGGAAUCGGUUUAAACGUAGCUCACUGCUGUGCAUGUCGAAGUGAAUUGUAUAAGGCGAUUAACUCUUCGUUUCCCUCUUCAUUGAAUUCACUGAUCAGAGAUGGGACAAAAAUUUCACAAUCAUAUUUAAAUUUUGUCCAAAGUCAUCUUUGGGUGUAUGGAUCAUCUUUGUGCUCAUUUAGUUUUAAACUGUUUGGGUUUCCUCUCAGGUUACAAAUCAAAUUUCUAAUAUAUGUUAUUUCCAGUGUUCUUUUUAGAUGUGUAGGGGCUUUGGAACAAUCCCAUAUUGGUACUUAUCACUUACUCAGUUUAUUGGAUCUUUUAAAAGAGUCUCAGUGGUAUCUUGAAACAAUGAACGAAACAGAACAAACUUCGACUAGUACACUAAAUAAAUCAAUUGGUAAAACGAUACCAAUGUCCUUAGAUUCAGAUGCCAAGAAGAAAUGUCAUCGAUUUUCUACAAACAGUCACCCAGUUAUUACAAUGAUAAAUUCAAUUUUUUGGAAGGGAGCUGAUAGUUUAAGCGGUUUGAUUUUACGAUUAAAUUCGUUUGAAUUACCAACAGCCAGCGACUGUGGAUUAGAAUUACUAUCUUACUCAUUACAAAAGGUAUAGAUUAACAAUGAAUCUUGGUACAUCAUGGCACUUUUUAAUUUCAAGAGUAUCGCUAAUCCGUGUUUACUACCUAUGGAUGAUCUUGAGUCAGAUAUCAGUCAGGCAGAUCGUGGAUGUAAAACAGAAAAUGACGAUAGUGGAAUUUGUUAUACACCAAGUAAUUCAGUUUUAGCAAACAAGUUUUUAUCAGCCGAUAAUGUAGAUAUUGACUCCAGCACAUCUUAUUCAGAAUUUUAAAUGUGAGGAAGUGUUAAAGAUCAUUUCUUUUCAACUAGUCAUAAUUUGUUUUUGUUUCGAAUUCUAACUAACCCGUUAUCUAUAUAUUUUCAAGUGAUUUUGAUCUAUAUAUUUUUCUAUUUGUUUCUUCAUUUUUUUGGCUAUAAAUGAUUUAAACUGAGCAUAAAUUUUUGGUUUCGUUAGUUAGUAACAAAAUUAUGUUCUUUUCAAACAUCUAGCACUUUGAAUUAUUCCACAAAAUACAAUCCAACUGUUUCUGCAGUAAAGUUUUGUUAUAUGACGUAUGUUGGACAUUUUAUAAAACCUAUUGCGCAUUAUUUAGUACAUAAUAAAUAUAUAGGGAAUUUUGUAGGCAUUUUGUUCGACGUUUCUCAUAGAUUAUUUUAAAUACCGUUAUAAUCUUAAGUUUCUAAUCUGUUUAGAUUGAUAUGUUUGCUAAAAAUCCUAAUCUGUUAAGUGCUAUAGUUUUGCACCACAAUAUACAGUUGCAACUUUUCUUGUGUUCUCAGUACUUAAGGUAUUAAUAACCUCCCUAUUGUUUUGCUACAAUUCUCAUCUCAUCUCUGCAAAAAUCAACCACGAGUAAGUAAUCAUUGCUUUGUAUUAGCGUUAAUUGCGGCAGGUUUUGUC